AUGGCGCAAAGAGAUGAUGCCGAUCACAUCAUCAGCCAUAUGGAGGCCAAAACCAUUGCAAGCCAGCCUUUCGACGGCCCUAGCGACAAUGAUGCUUUCUCAGUCCCAUCUGUUUACAGAACUCGCUGCUGGGAUUAUUCCACGUGCCAAGGAAACCACAUUUGGUGCACAGCCGGCACUAAGCGCAGUGAGACAUCAAGUGGGCAAGAAGCCAUGCGAAUUGACAAUGUCACACCCAUGAUCGACACUCCCCUGGACCCCGCCACAUCUGAAGCCACUGCUUUGGUCCACAAGCCCACUCGUGACAGGCACAGAAAUCCGACGGAGCAUCCAGAGAACAGUGGCGAGGACCGUACCCCCCUUUUGAUAGUUCAGGCUGGUUGGUGCAUGCAGUGCUUUAGCAUUGCCAACUAUAAGCGCGUCAAGUCUCUUCAGGCGACCCAUCGCCAGGCGAAUCAUCUUCAGAUCACAUUGCCUACAUGCCAAUUUAUUGGUUCAACAUGUAGCUCCUGCAAUGGUGGCAUUUGCUAUGGCCCUGCUGGCCUGAUGGCUGGCGAUGCAAUGGAUUGUGCCCGUAUAGUCGAAUUUAUAAAGUCAUUGUUUCAUCGCGCGGUCGAGAGUGACCAUUCUGAGCCAGGCUUGCUUCUCAGCCAACAGACUCGCGAGGGAUUUGUCCGGCUUGUCCAUGACCUGUGCGUUGCUUUCGAAUCCGUGGAGAGGCAACACUGUGUCGAGAACAACAUCUUCAAUCGCCCCCCGACGAAGAAGUAUCGCCGCCGUUUAAGAGACCAACGGGUUUUGCUUGCGACGCAGUUUCCUUACCCAGUGCCUGAUCCCAAGUUCAAGGAUCGCGAGCCGAAGACAUCCGCUGCCAAGGCUGAUUUGAAGACGACACGACGUCUCUGGCAGCUGUACCAGCUCCCGCGCCUUGAUUUCUUUGAUGGAGGUCUGUUCCUGCGGUGGCAAGAAGCUCUUAGUGUUGCCUAUUUUUCUUUUUGGGAGCUUCUACGCAGUGACUCUCGCGUUUCAACCGAAGAUCAGAAGCGCCUUCUUCGCCAAUUUCCAGCUUAUCCUCUGGAGCUGUAG